AUGAGCAAGAGGCCUAUGGGCAGGAAAACGGCACGGUUAGAGGACGAUCCGAGACUGAAGAUACAUACCGGACUCGAUCUUACCGAUGCUGACUUGACGCUGCAGAGGCCAAAGGCUAUCCCAGAGGUUGUGGUGUUGCAUUUAUACGUUACUGCGUACACGGGCCAUGAAAGUGAUCUAGAAAACCCAGUCAAGAUCAACGCUGCGAUCAUCGACAAUGGUCUGGCAGCCGUCAAGCAUCUAUGCCCGAACCUCGAAAUUGUUUCCCUACAGACGGGCGGAAAGGAGACUCAUGAGCGGCCAUUAAAUAUCGAAGAUGGCGAUUCUGUCUCGUGGGAGAUGAAGUGGCGAUCUAUUUGCAGCUAUUUUGGCCUCAAUGGAAUCGGGCCACCAGAGCAGCUCACCAGCCAGACAUUUGGCAUCAACUGUCUCAUUGCUCGGAAAGACAAGUAG